AUGCCAGAAGACACUCAGGUGGCCGGCGACGUCCCUCAAUUCGCCUUCAAGAAGCGAUCCGCCAAGGCCAAGGCCAACUUCCGCAAGAAACCCGACACCCCUCCACCGGCUUCCGACUCCGAGUCUGGCUUUACCUCGUCGGAUGAUGACGAAGGCCGCAGGAUUAAGCGACGUCGCAAAAAUGCCGCAGUGACCGCAUCAUCAGCAUCUAACGCGCCGCGAAAAGGGCCGUCUGAUGAACAGCCGCCCACGAGCACCGCGCCAGCGCCCUUGGCCACCAGCAACGACGCCACCAAACACUCCAACUGGUACGAUGAGGACCUAGACGAAAAGAAUCUUCUCGGAAAGACUCGAGCGCGACCUACACCCAGUGACCCUGCAGCAGCGGACGGGACCUACAAGGGCGCGGCCAACUAUUCUUCCUUCAUCCAGAAGAAUCCCGACGCGCCCAGCAAGAAGUUCGGCCCGAUCAAAGCCCCCACCAACAUUCGCACGGUGACCUUCACCGACUACAUGCCCAACGUCUGCAAGGAUUACAAGCAAACGGGCUAUUGCGGCUUCGGAGAUAGCUGCAUCUACCUGCAUGCCAGAGAGGAUUACAAGCAGGGCUGGGAGCUCGAUCGGGACUGGGAGGUUAAUACUAAGGGGAAGACGGUGAGCGGCCAGGUGGUCUCCCAGCGGAGUGGCGGCAAAUCCGCCGGGGACGCCGAUGAUGACGAGGACGAUGAACUGUUGGAGAAUAUUCCGUUCGCCUGCAUCAUCUGCAAGAAAUCGUAUCAGAAUCCGAUCGUCACGAAAUGCGGGCAUUAUUUCUGCGAGUCGUGCGCCCUACAGCGAUACCGCAAGAACCCUUCGUGCGCGGCAUGUGGCGCCAGUACAGGCGGGGUUUUCAACACCGCCAAAAAGCUGAAUCAGCUACUGGAGAAAAAGAGAGAGCGAGCCCGGAAGCGACGGGAACAAGCGAUCGCAGAUGGCGAGGAGGUCAGCAGCGAUGAGGAAGAGCCCGAGAGCUCAUAA